UUAAAGUGGGGGACCUCGAAGGCUUCCAAGACCACACUUAGCUAUGGCAAUGCAAGUCACUUUUCUGGUUGCCCUUCUUCUACUCCCCAUUCAUCUUCUAAAUGCAAGAACUGUCAUAACUUCAUUCAAUCGAAGCAGCUUUCCUGGUGAUUUUGUAUUUGGAGCUUCCUCAGCUGCCUAUCAAUACGAAGGUGCAGCAUUUGAAGGUGGGAAAGGUCCAAGUAUCUGGGAUACAUUUACCCAUAAAUAUCCAGGGAAAAUCUCGGAUGGGAGUAAUGGUGACGUAGCCGAAGACUUUUAUCAUCGAUACAAGGUAUAUUAUUAUUUUCCUAAAAACGAAUGAACAUAAUGUUGACUA